GAUCUGCCGCGCCCGCCGGCGCCGAUGACGAGGGCGUCGUCGUCGACGCAGCAGCCGUCGCCGCGGCGGCCGACGGUGGUGCUGCUGCUGUGGCUGGCCCUCGCCUUCUGCCUCGCCGUCCUCUCCAUCCAGUCUUCCUUCACCUCCCCCAGAGCGCCGAGCAGGCUGGAUCUCAACUCCGACGAGGUCCGCACGCUCUCGGGGUUCCAGUCCCGCGUCCAGCAAUGUGUGGCAAGCAGGGGACUUGGCCUCACAGCAGAUAUUGUUGAUCACUGCGAGCUGUUCCUUAAAUUUCCUGAAGGAACCAACAGCACCUGGUACAAUCCUCAGUUCAAAAAAUUCGAAGCGUUACAAUACAAAUUCAAUGUCUGUCAAAUUAUCCUUUUGUGGGAACAGUAUCGCAACAUGACGACUGUGUUGACGAGGGAGUACUUAGAUGUGCGGCCAGAUGGAUGGCUUGAUUAUGCUGCUAAAAGGAUAGCCCAGCUAGGUGCUGACAAAUGCUACAAUCGUACUCUGUGUGAAGAGCUCCUUAGUAUUUUGCUGCCUGCUAAACCCCCUUUCCAUCCACGCCAGUUUGCGACAUGUGCAGUUGUUGGCAAUUCAGGAGAUCUCUUGAAAACUGAGUUUGGACGAGAGAUUGAUGCGCAUGAUGCUGUGUUCCGAGACAAUGAGGCACCUGUUAAUAAGAAAUAUGCAAAAUAUGUUGGGUUGAAAAGGGACUUUCGACUGGUUGUCAGGGGUGCUGCUCGAAAUAUGGCACCAAUACUGAAGGGCUCCUCUGAUGAGGCACUUAUUAUAAAAAGCUUGACGCAUAAAGAAAUAAAUGCAGUGAUAAAGGAACUUCCGAAUCCUGUUUACCUUUUUCAAGGUAUAGUCCUAAGAAGAGGUGCUAAAGGAACUGGUAUGAAGUCCGUAGAAUUGGCCCUUUCCAUGUGUGACAUUGUCGACAUUUAUGGUUUUACAGUUGAUCCUGGCUACACGGAAUGGACAAGGUACUUCUCACCCCCUAGGAAAGGACACAACCCACUGCAAGGCCGAGCUUAUUAUCAACUUCUGGAAUGCCUUGGAGUAAUUCGGAUCCAUUCCCCAAUGAGAGCACAAAGGGUGGAAGAUUGGUCAGAUGUACCAAGCAAAGAGGAGAUCAGAAGAGCACAUGCUGCAGCAUUUCGUUUAAAAAAGCAUGAAACGGGUCAGGCAGGUGAAUUGGGGCCAUUUAGCAAUUGUAAGGUAUGGGGAACAGUUGACCCGGAUUACGGGCCAGUGUCAGGAACUUCGGAUAUGAGUGAAACACGGAAGAAUUCAAACUACAGCAAGUGGGAGUUGCUCCCACUUGAGAGCCUGAGAAAUGAGGCCCAGGAACACCAUGUCCAAAUGGGCGGCAUAUCUCUAUACAAGCUGGACGGUAACACAGCAGAUGAUCUUGUUUGUGUGAGGCAUGAGCGUUCAUCUGGUUAAGAUAGCGGCAGAAGAUUUUCCUGGAGAUAGCAUUUUGACCCUAAGUAGGAUCUGUUUCACGAUGGGCCUCAGAAAAAUUCUCUGCAGCAAGAUGCAGAAUGUUGGGUGGAAUCUGCAGGUUUAUGUGGUUUGUCUCGUAGGGUUGCAAGAGGCAUCUGAUUCACGGCAUGAUUGUGGGUCACUCACACAACAGAAAAAAAAACCAUUUGUUUGGUUGCUUCGCAAUUUCUAGGUCAGUAGCUUAACCAGUCAAGACUCGGGAGGUAUUCUGUGGAACAUAACAUUAGUAGACUGUGAGAUAUGUCUCCGCUUGUCGCUGCAAGUGUAGGCUAGUUUUCGUGUGCAAAAUGAAGUUGCCAUCUUACUAUUCUGAAGUAUAGUUUUCCUAUUGAGCAGUAUCUCUAGCACAGAAUUGUACUUUUUGUUGUUGACAAAUGUUACAUUCAUUUCUGUGUGCGAUACAAGUUUCGUACUAACAUUUCAUCGCCAUGAAUGAACCGUAAAAGUACUCUUCAAGGA